AUGGGACAAAAAGGUCACUACCUGGGAAUGGAAAACCAAACCACUGUGACUGAGUUUAUUCUCUUGGGACUUUCUAGUAACCCACAACUCCAAAUUUUACUGUUCUUUCUGUUUUUGGUGGUAUACCUAAUCACCCUAGUGGGAAACACAGUCAUCAUGGUGGUGGUAAGAGCUGAUUCUCACCUUCAUACCCCCAUGUAUUUCUUCCUGUCUCAUCUAUCUUUUGUUGAUAUCUGCUAUUCCUCAGCUGUUGUCUCUAAAAUGCUGGUGAACUUACUAGCAACACAUAAGACUAUAUCUGUCAAUGCUUGUUUUACCCAGAUGUUCUUCAUCCUUUUCUCAGGUGGUAGUGAAAUAGCCAUGCUCUCAGUUAUGGCUUAUGACCGUUAUGCUGCCAUAUGCAACCCCCUGCAUUAUGUAGGGAUUAUGAACAAAAAAAUGUGCAAGCAGCUAGUGUGUGUUUCCUGGACAAUGGGCCUUAUGGAUUCACUGUUAAAUAUGUUUCCUGCAUUAAAGCUGGACUUCUGUGGGCCCAAUGAAAUUGGGCAUUUUAGCUGUGAACUUCCUCCACUACUAACACUGUCCUGCACAGAGACAUUUUCUAACAAACUAACUCUUAUUUUUUCUGUUGUGGUUAUUGGUUUUGGCAAUUUCCUUUUCAUGCUUUUGUCUUACAUCUGUAUUAUACCUACCAUCCUGAGGAUACACUCUGCAGAGGGAAGGAGAAAAGCCUUCUCCACCUGCAGCUCCCACCUCAUUGUGGUGACUCUACUGUUUGUUACAGGCUUGGUCCAGUACAUGAAAUCAAGCUAUGUUUCUUCACUGGUCCUAGAUCAGGUAUUUUCCAUCCAAUAUAGUAUCUUAACCCCCAUGUUAAACCCCAUAAUCUAUAGUCUGAAAAACAAAGAAGUAAAAAUGGCUCUUAAAAUACUAAAACUAUCAAGUCACUACCUGGGAAUGGAAAAUGAAACCACUGUGACUGAGUUUAUUCUCUUGGGACUUUCUAGUGACCCACAACUCCACAUUUUACUGUUUGUUCUGUUUUUGGUGAUAUACCUAAUUACCCUAGUGGGGAACACAGUCAUCAUGGUGGUGAUAAAAGCUGAUUCUCAACUUCAUACCCCCAUGUAUUUCUUCCUGUCACAUCUCUCCUUUGUUGAUAUCUGCUAUUCUUCAGCCGUUGUCCCUAAGAUGCUGGUGAAUUUACUAGCAAAACAUAAAACUAUCUCUAUCAAUGAUUGCUUUACCCAGAUGUUCUUCAUCUGUCUCUCAGGUACUUGUGAAAUAUUCAUACUCUCAUUAAUGGCUUAUGAUUGUUAUGCAGCCAUAUGUCACCCCUUGCAUUACGUGGGGAUUAUGAAGAUAAAAGUGUGCAGGCAGCUAGUAAGUGUUUCUUGGACAGUGGGUCCAAGAAACCCACAGAAGUGCAACUUGAAUCCAGGAACUACAUUUACCAGUGAAUCCAUAAGUGGACAAAAGCACUUGCCAACAAAAUAG